AUGCCGCUGGUGAAGAGGAAUAUCGAGCCCCGGCACCUAUGCCGGGGGGCUCUUCCCGAGGGGGUGACGAGUGAGCUGGAGUGUGUCACCAACAGCACGCUGGCUGCCAUCAUCAAGCAGCUGGGCAGCCUCAGCAGGCACGCGGAGGACAUCUUCGGCGAGCUGUUCAAUGAAGCCAACAGUUUCUACAUGCGGAUGAACUCGCUGCAGGAGAGGGUGGACCUGCUGGUCAUCAAGGUGACGCAGCUGGACUCCACUGUGGAGGAAGUUUCACUGCAGGACAUCAACAUGCGGAAAGCCUUCAAGAGCUCCACGGUGCAGAACCAGCAGGUCGUGUCUCGCAACUCCAUCCCCAACCCCGUGAUGGAGAUGUACCAGCGCUGCGACAAGCCCCCACCUCUCAACAUCCUCACGCCCUACAGGGAUGACAAAAAGGAUGGCCUCAAAUUCUACACCGACCCCUCCUACUUCUUCAACUUAUGGAAAGAGAAAAUGUUGCAGGCGACAGAAGAUAAGAGAAAGGAGAAGCGCAGGCAGAAGGAGCAGAGGCUGGUGGAGGACUCCACCCGGGAGGUGAAGAAAGUGAGGAAAGCCCGCAACCGGCGCCUGGAGUGGAACAUGAUGGCGUAUGAUAAAGAGUUCCGACCCGAUAACAGGUUCUCACCAUCCCCCUAUCACAUGGCGUCAUCGGAAGGAUCACUGUCCCCAGAUAAUAGAUCUUACGCGUCGGACGCGGCCGACCACUCGUACCCGGCCAGCCCCAACCACCCCGCGCAGCUGCUGGCCCCGACGUCCCACCUGGCCCCGGCAGAGCACAAGGAGGGGGUGCUGGCUGCUGCCCCCCCGCAAGAGCACGUCUACCGCCCGGCGCCGAGCAGCCGGCAGAACAGCCUCAACCGCCUCCAGCAGCCCCACGCGCCGCAGCCCCCCGAGGCUAUCCUCAACGGGCCGAGACCUCACUUAGUCAAGGAUUACGGCCCACAGCCGGUGCCGAUGGCAGAGUACUUCGUGCCGCCCGCCCCGCCGCCCCCGCCGCCCGUCAUCCCCUCCGCACAGACCGCCUUCGACAGCCCCAUCUCGGCUCCCCCCGCACUGGCCCCCGGCUCGGCCGCCCCCCCCUCCUAUGCACCCUCACCGCCCCCCGCGCCCCCCGGCCCCUACUCUGCUUCCCCACCGCAGGCCGGCCCCAUGGGACCCCCGGUGGCACCCCCACCGCCACCGCCGGGGCCCCCCGCCGUCGCCGCCUCGCCGGCACACUCGGCAUCACCGCCGGCCCCUGCUGUGGAGCCUCGGAAGCCACAGAUCCCACUGAUGCCCAUGAGCGACGCCCGGAGCGACCUGCUGGCAGCCAUCCGCAGGGGAAUCCAACUCCGGAAAGUCCAGGAGCAAUGGGAACAAGAGGCCAAAAAAGAGCCCGUGGGCAACGACGUGGCGACGAUCCUGUCCCGCCGGAUCGCGGUGGAGUACAGCGAGUCCGACGACGACUCCGAGCUGGACGAUAACGAGUGGUCGGACUGA